AUGCAUCAUCGGAUAUUUUCGAGAAUCUGGGCUAUGCUCAAACCCUACAUUGAUAAACUUGAAGCUGAAUUUGACAAGGGUCAGUUGGAGUCGAUUGCGGAACGCGAAGCUGGUGAAAAGGAACUGUGGGCACCCAUAGCAUCUGCUCCAUUUUUUAAGAAAUCUCCCGGAGCAGAUCCUCUUGAAACACCUAAAAGUAGGAUUGAUAGCUUUGAUCCAGAUGAUUUGGACUCUUCUGAGGCCCAAUUUGUUCAGAGUUUCAUUCCACAUAGACUGCAAAUGUCCACGGAGAAGAACAAAUUAGCUCUUGAUACAAUGACACGGGAGAUUAUGAGCACUUGUCGGAAUCAAGAUGACAUUGAUUAUUGGUUUGCUGAGGUUACGGAAGAUCCUAGAAAUGUCAAACGGGGUCAUACUGACAGCGGUACAGAAAAUAAUACCACGCCUAGCGAUCAAGUUGUGUUAUCGAAUGCCAACAGUUUGGACCCUACCUUCAAUAGUGACUUCGAUUCCGCAGCCUGGGAUGAGUUUUCACAAAGCAGUUCUCGACGUUCAUGCUGUAACAUUGUAUACAAGGUAGCUUUUCGGACGGUACACUCGAACAAAGGCGUCGACAGUUCUUCUAGGGGUAUCGUCAAACUUCCACGGCCCCUCACGGCACCUCCGAUCUUAAGCUGUCGUCGCUAUCGUCACCAGAAUAACAAUAAACAACCCUCUUCCCAAAUAGCACCUAUUUCUCCUUUACAUAGGUGCCAACUUUUCACAAUCACAGAUGUCAUCCAUCGCCACUGUCAUCCACCCCUAACUAAUCAAUAA